AUGGUUCCCUCUAGAUCGCUUUCACCUCUUCUUGCUCUGCCGGCGCUCGCCUUCCUCUCGCUAUCAGCGAGCGCUUUGCCUCAUGCUCGGGCAGCGUCAAGCACAGCUGCUCUCAAGCUCGCCGUUAGAAUAAACUCAUAUGGGAUCAAGAACAUUGCGGCUGCAGAUCGAGCUCGAAUCCAAACCUUACAAGCUGGCGGCAGUUCUUCUGUCAAUGCAACCAAUGACGUGAUGAUAUACACUGCUGACAUUGGCGUGGGGAGUCCGGCAACGUACUACACACUCCUGAUAGACACUGGAAGCUCAAACACCUGGAUUGGGGCCAACAAGGCUUACGUGCCAACUUCUACGAGCCAUGACACAGGCGGUACAUUCUAUGUUACAUACGGCGAUAACAGUUACGUUUCUGGAGAGGAAUACACAGACACUGUAACGCUCAAUUCUGAUCUGGUCAUCGACAACCAAUCUAUUGGCGUCGCAUCUAAAAGCGACGGGAUGGGUGAUCUGGAUGGAAUUCUUGGUGUUGGACCAGUUGAUUUGACGGAGGGUACCGUCAGUAAUGCAGAUGAAGUUCCAACUGUGACGGACAACCUCUAUGCUCAGAAAAAAAUCAGUUCGGAAGUACUCGGAGUGUUCUUCGCGCCUGCUUCCUCUGAUGAUAGUAGUGGCGAGCUCACAUUCGGCGGUUAUGACGCCUCCAAAAUUACUGGAGGCAUCAACUAUGUACCGAUCACAUCGACAUCUCCAGCGAGCGAUUAUUGGGGCAUUGAUCAAUCCAUCAGCUAUGGAUCUAAGCCCAUUUUGGAUGAGACAGCUGGUAUUGUCGAUACCGGGACCACACUCAUUCUCAUUGCCUCCGAUGCCUUCGCUAAAUAUCAGGCCGCUACGGGAGCAACCCUCGAUGAGACCACUGGCUUGUUAGAGAUCUCAUCUGAGCAGUACGACCAGCUCUCAUCCUUGUAUUUCACUAUUGGUGGGGUUACUUAUGAGCUCACCCCGAAUGGGCAAAUUUGGCCUCGAUCGUUGAACAGCGCCAUUGAAGGUACUACCGACGGCAUAUACCUGAUCGUCAGUUCCACUGGGAGCCUCUCUGGUUCUGGCUUGGAUUUUACGAACGGCUACUGUUUCCUCGAGCGGUUUUACUCGGUGUAUGACACGACAAACUCCCGAGUCGGGUUCGCCACCACUAAGUACACCUAUGCCACGACCAACUAA